UUUCGUCUAAUAAAAUUAUUGCGAGGGCAAUGGAACAAUGAGAUUUGCUGCGAGCUUGAUGUUUACUACCGAGACGAAGCUCAUUACCCCUCAUACAGAGCCCUAUCCUACGUCUGGGGACGCUCGAGACGCGAUCCCCCAAAGAUCUUGGUGAAUGGCUACGCAAUGAAAGUGACGAAUAAUCUUGAGAUUGCCUUGAGACAUUUGCGAGAAGAAGAGGAUGACAUUACUCUCUGGGUUGAUGCAUUGUGUAUUGAUCAAAGCAACGCGACAGAGAGAUCAUCGCAGGUUGCUCAAAUGCGCGAAAUCUACGGCACAGCCAGCGAAGUCAUCAUAUUCCUCGGCGAUGGAUCACAUGCAGAUUACAACUCCCCUCUGCGCUCUAAACCUCCUCCAGGCCCCUGUCGGAUGUUUGGAAUCGACGAUAUGAACAUUCCGCUAGCACGCCAAACUCUCGACAAUUGGAAGAUGUCAGCUUUAAAAGGCCCCGUUCAAGCCCUGGAAAUAUUCUCUUUUUUGGCCAUCCUAACCCAAUUUCGAGAUUCUUCAAGCCUCCUUGAAUCCUUCAAAACUUUUCCAAAAGGACAUGUAACUGCACUUUUCGAGGCGCUGAGGCGCACACUGCUUGUUGCCUGGUGGGAUCGAAUAUGGGUGGUUCAAGAGGCCGUCGUCGCUCAGACUAUAACUGUCCGAUACAGUGGCGUUGCAGCGUCGUGGGAAUUCCUGGUUGAAGUUACAAGAAGCCUCUCUCGCUGGGACUUUGCCUUUACGAGAUAUCCAAACUCCAUUUCGGCGGAUUGUUUAAAAGUUUUUAACCUUUUCUCACGCAUUUCUGAUCUGGAUCAUCAUCGCAAAGAUUGGAAAUCGAUGCAACGCACGGAUCUCUUGACGCUUCUCCGAUCUUUUGGCCACCGAAAAGCUACCGAUAAUCGAGAUAGAGUCUAUGCACUCUUGGGACUGUGCAGUGAUGUUGUGGCCAUAAGACCCAAUUACCUAUUAAAUGAGGCAGAGGUAUACACUGCCGCAGUCCUUGCGAUUAUAAGAAGUACUAGGUCUCUUUCUAUCAUGUGUGGAGAUUACAGUCGCAAAGCAAGCCAAGAUUUGCCGUCUUGGGUUCCAGACUGGGGCACAAUACUUGUUGAAAGCGAUCGCCAACGUGCAAAGAUUUUCAAUUUUUAUGAUGCCUGU